AUGUUACCACAGUUGAGCGCUGAGCGCCACGAGGCCAAUGAUCAAAUUGAGAGGGCCAACCGUACUAUGAAGGACUGGCUGAACAAGAGUUUAGCUUCUGGUACGGCGAAGGAUAUAUGGGAGGCUUGCGAGAAUUUGCUGAAGGCACAAGUGAAACGUGUUGCAAAUGCCACAGCUACUACAACCGAGCUUGUGCCGCUCGAGGUUGGUAAUAUUGUGUGGAAGUGUCGAGACUCCAUACAACACAAGGAUCAGACUGCGUGGGUUGGGAAAGGCUUGCUCGUUGUUCGUGGUCCGUAUGAUGGCGAUCAAUACGAUAUUCGGGCACGAGGUGGCCGAACUGUGAGAGCCCAUCGUGAACAGCUUAAGCUAGCGGUCGCCAGCCAAGAAGACAGGUCGGAGCCAGCACAAGUACUAGUUACCUUGAAGGAGUACUUGUAUACGGUUGAAUGGUUCUAG